AUGGUGAAGCACCAACCCCUGCAGGUCUAUGAGAGGCAGCUGUGUUUGUCAUGUCUUACAGGGAUCUAUGGGUGCCGCUGGAAACGGUACCAGCGGUCACAUGAUGACACCACCAAGGUGAGUUCUGCCUAGCAGACCUUACUUUCGUACCUAAAUGACCAUAAUGGACAUGGUGUACAGGUGUCUCUCUAUGGCAGUUAUUUCUGGAAGAUCUAUUAUAACCCAAAUGUCUGUUGGUUGAAGGGAGCGAGUGUAAUCGAUUGGUAGCAGUCCACUUUUUUUCUUUUUCCGUGCCAGUUCACUGCAGGAUUACAGCACCACACUGCAUCUUAUAUCUCACUAUUAAUUAAAAACACUCAAAUUUGGCGUGUGUGAGCGUGCAGUGCAUGUGGGCAGGACUCCUCUCCUAUGCCAUCCAUUACCCUACACCCCUCAAACUCAACUCUGGACCUCGAAGCCAGUUCCACUGCAUUUUUUCAUUGUUCCCUUCUAAUGAGGGACUGAUUUAGACCUGGACACCAGGUGUUUGCAAAUAAUUAUCAGGUAGAACAGAAAACCAGCAGGCUCCGGACCUCAUAGGGUAAGAGUUGAGUACCCCUGCUAACCAAAUCUUUCAAGAUGUAUUGAUAAAGAGCCAUGUAGGCCUUUCUCUAACCAGAUAACCUUGCAGCCCAUCCCUUCCCUAAUAACCUGUCCUUGGGCUCUCACUGGAGGUGUCUUUGGCCUUGUGACUGUGUUUAAGCCUGUAAGUGCUGCAGAUAGUAGUAUUUGAUAUUUUUUUUAUUAAGCAUUCAGAGCCUCCCCUUGGUCACAUUCAUCGCAGCCUUUAUUUGUCUAAGUGGGUUUUUCUGUAAUGCUAUGCAGCCCAGGUCUGUCUGUCAGUGAUUUAGUACCGCAUGAGAAGAAACUCAGAGAGAGCAUGAGGGCAGGAGCACUAUAGUCCAUCACCUUGCUAGCCUGGGACAUGGAGACAGAGCUGAGGGGGCUGAAACGUGUGUGAAAUAUGACGUACCAUACAUGUUUUAUAUGGCAUAUAAAUGUGAUCUAAGGCUUGGAAGGAUCCAUAUGGGGAGAGAGAAAAGGAAAAUGCACCAUUCCCUCAGCGGUGUUGCAUACAAUUUGACACAUCAUAACAUGCGUUGCAGUGUCAUUAUACAACUCCUGUGCACCUCAAACGAAAAUAUGUCCAACUACCCUUUUUCUAUUUAUAGGAAUGAGCUCUCAUCCUGUGAGCUUUACUUGCAGGCUCUGGUGGAUGGAUGAGCUAUAUGUUUUGACCUUUCUUUCCUACCCUAUUUGCCCUCAGGAAGGGAAUGCUGCAUGAGUUCUUUAAACCUUCCGAUAGACGGAACACAUUAGUAUUUGACUUGACCAAGGCCACAUUAAAAGAAAAUCAGCACAGAGAGAAACAACAAAAUUAUAUGGAUUUUUUUCAUCCUUCGAUGGGAAUACUAUCCCGUGGCUCUGUUUCCUGUCUCUGAGACUGGUAGAUAUGGUACUGCAGAGUCAGCUGUGUGUGUGCGCAGCCUUGGCCACCAUGGCUAUGUGUGGCGGUCACUUUGACCCGCUGGGGGAGAAUCGGCCAAUCAGCAGCCUGUCUGUGCACAGUACCACAGGAUUAUAUUGGACCUUCCAUGGUGCUACUCUGAGUCUUUGCCAGUCUACUCCUCUGCCAGAAUCUGCAUCCCAACCUCACACCCCAACUAUGCCAUGUUUCAGUAGCUUAUUUUUCUGGGUCCGCCCACGCCUAUUAUUGAAGUACUGUACAUUUGAAUGCUGCUAACUAAGCAUGAAUAAAAACUCAGUGACGGAAAUAUAACAGUAAAAAUUCAGUUAAAUUGGAUGUCCGUUUAUGCAGCUCCAACAGCCGUGGCCCUAGGGCUACAGCAUCAAAGGGUCUCUGCAGACAUGGACUGACAUCCAGGCCAACAUUGAAUACAAUUAUGUCCCUCAUGGCAGAACAGACACACAGUCACUCAUUGCCAAAAUCCCUUUAACUAUGGCUGCUGUGCUGCCUUGUAAUGGAGGCCUAGAGUCAUCUUACAUUGGGAGAUUGCCUGUUUGUGUGCCAGCACUGCCAGGUCAGAUGACGUCCAUACUGUAGAUGCAUCUUUAAUGAUGUAAGUGCCCAAUCAGUGUUGGUAUCAGUUACAUGUGAUGUGUGAACCUGACAGGCAGCAUCACUGAACCGUGACCAUGAGAAACCCAAGGUCUCGCUGAGACAUGGACUCCCUUCAAAAUGCCCAGAUUCAGAACAGAACUAAUAAUAGAAGUGGUUGCUGUCAUCUCUCCUCUCAGAGCUGGAUAAUGAACAGGCCAGUUUGCCUGAGCCUCCCUCUCUUUGUGAACCUGGCCUCUGUGUGUGUUGGAGUGGUUUGUAGAAAGGCUGCCCAUGUCACUGGCACUUCAAGCUGAUCUGGCCUCUGUAAUAAUUGAGUUCUUCCAUUUAGCCAGUCUUUACCUGGAGCACAAUGGGUCUAGAAAUAGGAACGAGCAUCAUUCUGUGGCCUUGGUCUGUCAAAUGACGUACAGGGACAUGUGAAGUAGAAAUCCUGUUUUCAAAUCACUCGCUACCAUCGCUGUUUUACUUCACAACUAAAGACUGCACUAGACUAAAAAACCAGGCGUGGCACAUUCUAAUAUGGCAGAGAACAUUCAGCCAACAUCAUGCAGGAAACAUUUUCUGAGCAGAAUGUAAAUUAUGAAUUUCACUCCCCUGCCUUGCUAACUCUCUUCUGUCUUCCUCUCAAGUCUUCCAUUAACUUUUUAGUUCCCUACAGAAUGAAAGGUCAAAAGCUUCAACACCUCUGCAUGUUUACAGGCUGUCAGAGCUGUAGAAGUUACUGAGACACAAGUUAACAAGCGUUUAGGAGGAUGUCUCUAUAUUCCUGUGGGACAGGGCCAGGAGCACCUUAGAACACAAACAGUGAUGUACAUUGACAGUGUGUUGGUGGGCCCAGGAGCAUUCUGGGAUGCAGGUGCAUAUCCAGCACUCAUCCUCAGAAUGCUGGCAGAGGCCAAUGGCGUGUCACUGUGUGAUGAAUCUUUUCUGUGAGAUGACUAAACCAGCAGCCUCUAGGUUAGCUGAAUGAGGGGACGAUGGUGAUAGUCUGUCAUGAUUGUUAGUAAAGCUUUAGAGGAACUACAAAUCACAGUCCUAGGUUUUCUAAUGUCUGAUAAUUUUAAUGAUGGAAAUGUAUUUUAAUUGUAAUUUGAUUACUUGAAAUUAAAUUUGUUUGAGUCAUUUGAUUUAAGCACUACGUUCAUAUAAGACAUUCAGUCAAGCAAUUACAGUUUUUUUUUUUCAACCACGCCACACGUUUCUUGUUAACAAACUAUAGUUUUGGCAAGUCGGUUAGGACAUCUACUUUGUGCAUGACACAAGUAAUUUUUCCAACAAUUAUUUACAGACAGAUUAUUUCACUUAUAAUUCACUGUAUCACAAUUCCAGUGGGUCAGAAGUUUACAUACACUAAGUUGACUGUGCCUUUAAACAGCUUGGAAAAUUCCAGAAAAUGAUGUCAUGGAUUUAGAAGCUUCUGAUAGGCUAAUUGACAUAAUUUGAGUCAAUUGGAGGUGUACCUAUGGAUGUAUUUCAAGGCCUACCUUCAAACUCAGUGCCUCUUUGCUUGACAUCAUAGGAAAAUCAAAAGAAAUCAGCCAAGACCUCAGAAAAAAAACUGUAGACCUCCACAAGUCUGAUUCAUCCUUGGGAGCAAUUUCCAAACGCCUGAAGGUACCACGUUCAUCUGUACAAACAAUAGUAUGCAAGUAUAAACACCAUGGGACCACACAGCCGUCAUACCGCUCAGGAAGGAGACGCGUUCUGUCUCCUAGAGAUGAACGUACUUUGGUGCGAAAAGUGCAAAUCAAUCCCAGAACAACAGCAAAGGACCUUGUGAAGACCUAGUCUCCUGAGUGGCGCAGUGGUCUAAGGCACUGCAUCGCAGUGCUAACUGUGCCACUAGAGAUCCUGGUUCGAAUCCAGGCUCUGUCGCAGCCGGCCGCGACCGGGAGACUCAUGGGCAGCGCACAAUUGGCCCAGCGUCGUCCAGGGUAGGGGAGGGAAUGGCCGGCAGGGAUGUAGCUCAGUUGAUAGAGCAUGGCGUUUGCAACGCCAGGGUUGUGGGUUCGAUUCCCACGGAGGGCCAGUAUAAAAAUAAAAUAAAAUAAAAAUGUAUUCACUAACUGUAAGUCGCUCUGGAUAAGAGCGUCUGCUAAAUGACUAAAAUGUAAAUGUAAAUGUAAGAUGCUGGAGGAAACAGGUACAAAAGUAUCUAUAUCCACAGUAAAAUGAGUCCUAUAUCGACAUAACCUGAAAGGCCGCUCAGCAAGGAAGAAGCCACUGCUCCAAAACCGCCAUAAAAAAAGCGGACUACGGUUUGCAACUGCACAUGGGGACAAAGAUCGUACUUUUUGGAGAAAUGUCCUCUGGUCUGAUGAAACAAAAAUAGAACUGUUUGGCCAUAAUGACCAUCGUUAUGUUUGGAGGAAAAAGGGUGUAGCUUGCAAGCCAAAGAACACCAUCCCAACCGUGAAGCACGGGGGUGGUAGCAUCAUGCUGUGGGGGUGCUUUGCUGCAGGAGGGACUGGUGCACUUCACAAAAUAGAUGGCAUCAUGAGGAAGGAAAAUUAUGUGGAUAUAUUGAAGCAACAUCUCAAGACAUCAGUCAGGAAGUUAAAACUUGGUCGCAAAUGGGUCUUCCAAAUGGACAAUGACCCUAAGCAUACUUCCAAAGUUGUGGCAAAAGGGCUUAAGGACAACAAAGUCAAGGUAUUGGAGUGGCCAUCACAAAGCCCUGACCUCAAUCCUAUAGAAAAUGUGUGGGCAGAACUGAAAAUGUGUGUGCGAGCAUGGAGGCCUACAAACCUGACUCGGUUACACCAGCUCUGUCAGGAGGAAUGGGCCAAAAUUCACCCAACUUAUUGUGAGAAGCUUGUGGAAGGCUACCCAAAACUUUUGACCCAAGUUAAACAAUUUAAAGGCAAUGCUACCAAAUACUAAUUGAGUGUAUGUAAACUUCUGACUUCAACUGUAUAUUAAUACCCUUUGGUGGAGGUCAUGAUCAGUUGUCUUUGAAAAGAAAUUUACUGGUAACCUUUGUGCUAAUAGCUCCUUGUCUACCCGUCUCUAUAGUUCAAUAAUCAUAUGUAUGAACCGUUCAGUCAGUCUGCACUCACUUCCAGUAGUGCUGACAUUCAAACAAGUCCUCUAUUAAUAUUGGGCGAGGAGGGGAAUAGCCUAAUCUUCCUGAAUCCUGUCUCUCUCCAAAGGGAAAUGUGUUCUGUCUGUCAGUUUUAAUCCCUCUCCGGCUGUCUGUCUACUCUACCCAGAUUCUCUGGGAGUUCGCUCGUUUCACAGUGGCAGGAGGGGACUGUUUACACACUAUAAUUGCUGACUGUUUUGAGGGGAAUUAUUCCAUGUAGACGUGUUAUUAAAGUCUGUACAGCCCUUCCAACAACAUAAACAACAGCCAGGCCUGGCUGCCAAACUAGCCCCGUGUUUUCCUUUAUAGACUAGCCUAUUAGGUGGUUUUCUGUUGUCAUCAACCAAAUGGCUAAUGCCUUGUCAUGUCCUUUGUGUGUGUGUGUGUGUGUGUGGAGCUAAGCAAUGAAAGAUUGAUAUGACACCAAUCAUAUUUGGAUGUUUCUCGUUAGUUAAGUACUUUUCACCAGCUCUUGGCACUGUUAGUGUAAAGACAUUCUAUGGGUUUGUGCUUUUUAAAAGAAGGAUACAAACUUCUAGAGAAUGUUUGAAGCACUGUUUUUCAUUUUGUUUACCAUAAUCAUAUAGCUUUCAUUGGUUGGUGGAAGUGUAGGCUACCUUCUAGUAGAUGUUAUGUCCAAAAGGCUAACCAGAGAGAACAUACUUUCAGCAGUAGUGUGACUCUUACCACAUUCAAUGUGAUUUAUCAGAGGCCGUAUUCUCUCCCUUGUGCUAGUGUUCAGAGAGUUCAGCCAGGCCGUGAGGUUACCAAGUUCUCCAAUGUUUUCCUGAACUUUUCCAGAACUUCAGAUAUGAGCGUCCAAGGACAACACAACAUGCUGUUUCAUAUCAAGAGCUGACCAAGAACAGGGAAGAGCAAAAUCUCUAGGGCAUCAUUGUAUCAUAUUAUUUGUAGCUAUGAGGUCAGCAGCUCCACAGAGCUGAAGAGGCCGUUCUGUUCUGUAAUAAGUGAAGCCACGGCCAGUUGGCCAGCUGGUGCUCCUGACAGUUCUGUCAUUACUGGAGAGAGGUUGGAGGAACAGAGGGCUGGAACCCUCUAACCCUGGUCUUUUCAGGGUAAUGCUGUUGGUCUGAUAGGUGGAGCUGGGUGGGGAAACACACUAAUGAUUUUCCACAGUAGCAGGAGUUGUGAAGGGAUUAGGGCUGCGAGGGACAUUCAGUGACAACCCCACCAGCUGCUAGUCUGGCCCAGGACACUCAGCCAGGACACCAAGGAGACAGGGGGAGAGACUGGGGCAGACCACUGCCUGAGGAAAGGGUGGGUGAUGGUGGGGAGGACACAUUAUCUCUGUGUUGUGGUCUGUGUCCCUCUCUCUGUGGCUAGCACUCUCUCUAGCCCUAUCCCUAUCUCACUCACUCACUCAGCUAGCUGUAGCUUAUGCUUUCGGUACUAGAUUCAUUCUCUGAUCCUUUGAUUGGGUGGACAACAUGUCAGUUCAUUCUGCAAGAGCUCUGAUAGGUUGGAGGAUAUCCUCCGGAAGUUUUCAUAAUUCAUCUGUAAGUCUAUGGAAAGGGGUGAGCCUCCUAGGUUUUGUAUUGAAGUCAAUGUACCCAGAGGAGGACAGAAGCUAGCUGUCCUCCAGCUACACCAAGGUGCUACCCUACAGAGUGCUGUGGAGGCUACUGUAGACCUUCAUUGCAAAACAGUGUGUUUUAAUAAAUGUAUUUGACGUGUAUAUAUUUUGUAUAGUUUUAUCUAAAAAUGAUUUAUUUUGGUCCUCCCCUAACUCCUCUGAGGAGCCUCCACUGUUCCACACGUACGUACAUACUAUAAACUCGAUCCACAGAAAUACUACUUUUUCACAUCAACAGUCCUCGGGCUAAAUGGUAUCCAAUCCUUCAAAUACAAAAUCCCAAAUUGUGUAGGUUCCAUGACGCUUAUUGAAUGCACUUACUGAACACUUUGAAUGAUGCUUAUUUCACAUGGCAAGGCUGUGCAAGCAAGAUAAGGUGUGAGGAUUAACCCACCCAUUACUCAUCACAUACACACAUCAUGGAAACACGCUAUCACCUGCCAGAAGGCACACUUGCAAAUAUCCAUAUAAAUGUGUCGACCGUUUUAUCCUAGAGAACCAAUUCCUCCUAGAAUUCACACACUCCUCAAUCUCAUAGUAUAAUGCUCUGGUUAGCUUCUGUACAUCAAAACUGUGCAUCUGUCCAGUCCUGUAUUAAAACGCACAUCACCACUUAACACUACGGUCCAAAGUGUAUUAUCACAUAAUUAUCUGGAAUGUGCCAAACAAGAGGGGGAGAGAGACAUUACGUUGAAGUCAUAGGCUAGGUUGUAGCAACCUCAUGAUGAGUAUAGGGAACAUGUGAUUAUCAUGUCGUAGCCUAAACCUAUCCACGUUAAACUGGUUGAAUGGAAUAUGAAUGACAGUCAUCCAAUAUGCUGUAAUAGAAAUAAGGCCAUGCUCAUAAAUAAAUAAAAAAUCCUCCCUCAUCUUAAACCGCACUGACUGCCACUGAUGUGGAAUCUCUAGUCUAGCAGCAUUCAUUAUAAUUUUUAUGAUUGUCUCGUGGGAGGACUCUCUAGCUUGCUGACCUGCAGUGAAGGUGGAUUGUGCUGUGCGCCAUGCUAGGUGUGGGUGUGCUUGAUCAAUGUCUUCCAUGCAGCCAAAUGCUGGUAGGUCCAUCUGUAGUCAUAAUGACACUAUAGUAGCCUAGACUCCUAGCAGGCACUGGGAGGUAACGAGAGGAGGUGACGCCACGAGAGACAAGCCAGUAGAAUCAUAAUACACUACACUGCUGGCUGUUUAGAUGGAGCCACUGGAGAAUAGUGGAGAAUACCCUGCUAGUCUUGGCGCUAGCAGGUACGAAGGGAAUUGGAUUGCAUGCAAGCACCUUUUUGUGGAGUAGCCCCAGUUUGGGCACAGCACAGCAAGAUGCCCUUAAACCUAAACAUAUAUAUUGCUUCACCAAAACUAAAGGCGUUAUACCUAAACUGAUCAGAAGAAAGCUUCUGUAAUGAGUAGAGCUCUUUUCUAACCAUUUUGAAUUAUUCAUUUAAACAAUUUUGAAAAUGGCGUUCGGCUGUACAUGCAAAUAUAUGGUAUUUAAGUGAAAGCAUGACAUUUUCUGCAAUCUCCUAAUUUUUGGUUCUGAGUGACAGCCAGACUGCUCUGUCUGAUUUUCUUUUGCAGUAAUUCUAGUGUUUAGGGUUCCACAGAAGAUAAUUAUCCCCUGGUCCUUUUUAUCCCUCUAUGUUGGUCAAUGAGGCUUCGGCUAUGAUGUAUUCCAUCCUAAUUCAGCUGCCUGCCUGCCUGCCUAGUGCCCUUCAGCCAAGCAGCACAGCAAUUUUCAUGGCAUUUCAAAAAAUAUAAAUUCUUUUUUUGUCCCCGGUAGAGGAAAGUCAUUUCCUCUCCCCGCUCCCACUAGAAGAGUACAAGGCUGAAUCAGUCUGCUCUGUUGGGUUUGAAAACCUCUCAUUCAGUACAAUCUAAACCUUUUAUUUCCCCUCAGACCCAUUAAAUACGUUGACAAUUUUUUUUCUGACCCCUCUUGACUGGUAGAUGAUGUAGACCAUUUAACCGCAAUUUAACACAAAUGUCUUGUGGUAAAUAUAACAAGGUUGCAUCCCUCAUGUCCCCCAUUUUGAAUGGAAGUUCAUCAUACUGUAUGAUGACUACUAGAUGUAUUACGAUCAAUACACUGAGUUGGUUCCUUGUUUUGACAGUAGUUAGAAAGCAGUUUUUAAUGCUAUGGUGUCAGCCCUGCCCUGAAGGCGUGUGUUCCACCCUAACUAAGCAAGGCGUGCAGAAUGCGAAUGUGAUGUCAUCUUAGGGCAGGCAGGCCGUAUCAUGCCAGACUGCUCUGAUCAGCUCCUAAACAGCAGCAGAGAAGAACAAUGACACAGGGUUAAUGUUCAGUCAUAUAGUGUACACGUUGCACAUAUUGUACAUGACGCUGGCUUGGCUGAAUAUUAAUUGAAGGAAUAAAUGUGGCAGCCAGCCUAAUAAUGCUCCAAACACAUGUGGAAUUAUAGGUUUUAUUAUAGGAGGAUUGAAAUGCACAUUCAAUAUUUGACACUCAAACAACUGGCCUGGCAACUCGAUUAGCUCCCAAAUAGCCUGUUUAAAAUGAUCCCAAAGGUUCAAUGAGCAGGGCUGCCAGUUAGACCACAACCUACACCACAGGGACCACCUACCUACCACAGGGUUAACCCUAUGGUUACCCUGACGUCUGGCUUUCUCACAUUGCAGUGACUACGAGACUGGGAAGUGUAGCCAUGUGAAACUAACCCUAUGGUAACCAUUCUGGAGUCUGGAUUAGUUUGAUUUAUAAAAGGGAGCGAUUUUCUUAGUACGUUCAUAGAAGGAAGUAGUAAAUGUUCUAGGCCAGAAAAUACAAAUCUAAUCUUCAUGACUAAUGUUCAAACUUAGAUGUCAAACAGUAUCAAGGUUCUGGUCUAUAUAAUAAUAAUUUUUAACAUAAAUGUUGUUUUCAUAACUUUAAUUCCUCAUCCGGAAGAGAUUGGCUAAAAAGAAUCGCCACAGCCAAAUCCCAUAGGCUUCCUUCCCUCAUACUGCUAGAUUCUCAUUCCCUGCCCCAAAUCAACAAAUGUGUUCCAUCCUGUUACGUAAUGAUCAUCAUACCAUCCCAAACAUGUGCUUUAGUGUCCCCUAGUUAAACUGCUGUGUGGCCUGUCCACAACUCCACAAACACAUUAGGCUCUCCUCUCCAGUGCCCAGGUAGACAGUCAGAGUGGAGGGCAGAAGUUAUACAAGGGGCUGUCACCACCCAGUCAUUAGACCUGGCCCUGUCUUAUGUCCUGUGCCACUGCCAGCCGAUGCCCUCCAUGGAACAGUCAGCCAAGGUGAACGCCCAGACAGCUUUGUUUGUGCUCUCAUAUCACCUUGAUAUAUCCUAUCACUGCAUGGCUAAAUACAGGGUCAACUGGGGCUUAUUCUGGAUUGUGCAAUGUAAGAACAUUAUUGCAGAUAGAAAUGUAAUGUAUAGAGCUGGAACAACUUGUUGUUUUGCAAAACAGACAGUCAUGUCAGUUCUAUUCAUACAUUUCUAUCUAAGCGUACUCCAGUCCUCCGGGCUCUGUGAGUAAGCCUGAUUUCAUUGUGGGCUAAUUUGUGGGCUGGUGUGAAGAGCAGCCAGUCGUGCUGUCUGUGUAUAGUCCAAUUCUCAGUAGGAUGAGGGGUUAUCACAUCAAUUAAAGUGUAAUUAAUUAUAAUUAAGAUUUUGGUCAGUUCUGUUCUUUAUUUAUGUAGUGGUCUUAACUGUUUUAAUUCUGUCUGAGCUAGGAGCGAUGUUUUACUUUUUAAUAGAUGGGCCAAAGGUCUUGACUGGCUGGAGAUGUUUGAAAAUCUCACUUUUUGUGCUUUGUCAUCCAAGUCGUGUGCGUGUCUGUUUGUGAACAUUCUGUCUUGUAUCUCUUUAUUAGAGCUCUUAUUACAGCUUGCGGUGGCAUUGGAAGGCUAAACACAGCUGACCACUAAUCGGCUCAUGGCCUCAUUAGCUAUUAAGUUUAAUGUGAGUAAUUACUUGAUAAUGAGGACAGUGGAUUGGGAGGAUGGGAUCUUUAUUGAGUCCCUCUGCUUUUUUACUGAGACAAUAUGGCCCUAUGACAGUUUCUGCAUGAAUGGUUACUGCAUACUGCCUCUAAUGCCGCUGAUACCAGACAUGUGGUUCUCUCUUUUCAAUCAGUUGUAAAGUGGCAUGAAUGUUGUCUCUUGUCUUUGGUAAUGCAGGCUUAGUGAAUGCCUACACAAAGUGGGAGUGUGAAAUUAUUUAUGAACAGAAUUGACAUUACUUAAGCAAUAAGGCACGAGGGGUUGUGGUAUAUGGUCAAUAUACCACGGCUAUGGGCUGUUCUUAUGCACGACGCAACAUAGAGUGCCUGGAUACAGCCCUUAGCCGUGGUAUAUUGGCCAUAUACCACAAACCCUCGAGGGGCCUUAUUGCUAUUAUAAACUGGUUACCAACGUAAUUAGAGCAGUAAAAAUAAAUGUUUUGUCAUACCCGUGGUAUAUGGUCUGAUAUUCCACGGCUGUCAGCCAAUCAGCAUUCAGGGCUCGAACUACCCAGUUUAUAAAUUCACUAUAAACCAUGAGGGUUAUUGUGCUGACAUGUUCUCCAGCCAAUUCCUCGUUUGUUUGUGGUUUACCACCUUAAUCUGAUGCAGCUAGCGAAUGGUGUUUUAAAUGUUAGCCAUGACUCCAGGUUUGAGCCAUCCGUCUGUGUGCCAGCCCGGGCUGCACCGUCAUCAGUCUCUCUACAUCCAGAUUAUAGUCUUUGGUUCGAUUAGGGCGGAUUGCCCAAUGAUGACUCUGCCGGACUUUUAGGAGACUGUUGUUGCUUGCAUUUCUGUUGUCAGUGUUUAUUGUGAUGUUGACGUAUGGGGGUAAUGUUAAGUGGUGUGCCAGUCUGGGGUGGGCAAAUGGCUUUCUCAUCAGCCCUUUGCUCACUUGCAAUCAAAGAAAGUAAUGUAAUGAAUGUACCAAUAGUAUUCCAAUGUUUCAACACAACACUGGCCAAAGUGCUUUAUGUUAAUCUGAUGGUAUCUGACUAAUGAUACUGUGGUAAAGGUAAUAAUGGUUCCUGUGUGUGUUUGUUUCCCAGUGGGAGUUCCUGUGGUCUCUCAUCCUCUUCUUCACCUUCUCUCUGCUCCUGGUCUGGUUCUACUUCUGGUGGGAGGCACACAACGACUACAAUGAGUUCAACUGGUGAGUACUGCUGUACAGUAUGUGUGUGUGUGCACUCUAGUUAUACAACUCAUAGAUUCUUGUCUCUCAGUAUAUCGCCAUCAUCAGUCACUGUUCCGUUCAAAUAAAUUAAAUGCUCCUCCGACCUUCCCUUUGAUUCUCUGGCCUUUACUUAGAUUAAUGUUUUACUUUUAAAUGCUGCCAUUAAUCUCCAUAUGUUUUUUCCUGAAUCGAAAAUGCUAACUCUGUAGAGUAUAUUAAAAAUUUAUUAUUCACUAAUCAUGGUUGGCCAAACUCAUUUUGGGAUAAUCCUCUUCCCUAAUCUGGGUGCGGAUGGAUGGGCCUUAGGGUGUCUAUCACUGCAGAUUUAUAGUGAGCAUGAUUACAUAAAGCAGGAAUACCCUUUGACCCCAAAUCACCUCUCAGAUCAUUCCAGUCACAGUUACCAUAAAACCAAUCGUGCUUGGAAACAAUACAGGUAUUGUUUCUGUCAUGAGACAUUGCACAUUCAAUUGAAGGAUAUACUACCACUGAAAUUAUGAAUUGGGUUUAUUUAGUUGAGCUCUUCACCAAGUGACCAAGCUCUUGACCAUGUCCUCAAAGCCUUCUACAUUGUAUGUGCACACUAUGCCCCAGAGUUCACCAGGAUAUGAGACACUCCUACAUGACAGUAUGUACCUCCUGAGCUUUAGUCCAGACAGAUCCAUGUGUGUACUGUAGUUUCCUAGUGACCAGUGGUGUUUCAUUCAAUCUGGUCUGUCAGAUCAGACAGACACAGUCAGGUCAGCUUGUGUCAGACAAUCAUUCUGUCAGCCAGAAAACUAAAGACUAAUGUCUCAGACACACAAACAGCGUUUUCUGGCCGAGAGUACUUUGCACCUCUGAACGUAAUUUGCGAACCGAGUGCUUACCGAUUUUACAUGUAGAAUUGCGUGAAAUUUUGCCAGUCAGACAUCUACAGCGGGUGGUCCCUAAAACACAUUCGGUGCAAUGUGUGUGAGCCUUAAGAGAGAGAGAAGCUUUGUUUCUUCUUGUAAGGUGCAAUUUGCUUUGUCCCCCCAAGGUCAUUCCCCUCACUCUCUCUCUGUCCACCACCUCCUUUCUCUUCCUCUCAUUACCGCUCAAAGUCACCUCUGCUUCCCCCAUCGUCCUUCGCUCCUUGUUUAUCUCUCCCUGCCCCCUCAUCCCACUUUCUCCCUCUCCUUUCAUUCUCUUUAUCUCUCUGCUCCUCUCUCCUUUUCUCUCCUUUAAUUUUGUUAUCACUCUCUACACACUCUCUCUCUCUCAAGGCGUCAGCAUGCUUCAGUUCAGCUAGCGCCUAGCCGAACUCGUCUAGCCGAACCGAACGAGUGUGUUCGCAUACUCCCUUAAAAGACCUUUACUUGAAAAAAAUGAAAAAAGCCGCAAUAGUACGAUUUGCCCCGUGUAGCUCAGUUGGUAGAGCAUGGCGCUUGCAAUGCCAGGGUUGUGGGUUCGAUUCCCACGGGGGGCCAGUAUGGAAAAAAAUAAAAAUGUAUGCACUCACUAACUGUAAGUCGCUCUGGAUAAGAGCGUCUGCUAAAUGACUAAAAUGUAAUUUUGAGACGCCGUAGCCAGUAUACGCUUCCUCAAAAUAGUCAGAAUUAAUCUAAAAUAACUGUCAUUCAUUUUGACGCUUUUGCCAUGGAGAUCUUAGUUGCACAAUUUUACAUCUAACUAAGAUGUUUGGUGCAGUAUUUCUCAAUACAAAAAAUGUGUAUGAAAACUAGUCGUCUCUUGAUGAAUGACAACAGACUUUAUUGAAGAAUCCCUACUGUUGAACAAUCACCGUAGAAGGGGCGUAGACUUCGGCUCCGAACUUAGGCUUACCUCUAGAAAAAUGUUUGUGUGCCCGAAUAGCCGAAGUCCAAAACGAACAAAAACGUCACAAAAUGUUGUCAUAAUAUAUGCACAAACUCUUCUGAUCUGUUUUGGCUGGGAAGCAUGCAGACACCUUUAUUCCCACUAUCUCCCACACCUAUGGCCUAGCCUCAGUUAGAUAUCGUGUCUUUUCUAGUGUAUUCAAAGGAAGCCUUCACGUGUGGUGGCCUGGCUUUUGUGUAGCUCUGCUGUAGUUGUAGGGGCUGCCAGGCUCUGCCAACAGAGCCCAGAUAAGGAUUGGGAUAUACUGUGGGGGAAAAAGUAUUUAGUCAGCCACCAAUUGUGUAUGUUCUCCCACUUAAAAAGAUGAGAGAGGCCUGUAAUUUUCAUCAUAGGUACACGUCAACUAUGACAGACAAAAUGAGAAAAAGAAAUCCAGAAAAUCACAUUGUAGGAUUUUUUAUGAAUUUAUUUGCAAAUUAUGGUGGAAAAUAAGUAUUUGGUCAAUAACAAAAGUUUCUCAAUACUUUGUUAUAUACCCUUUGUUGGCAAUGACACAGGUCAAACGUUUUCUGUAAGUCUUCACAAGGUUUUCACACACUGUUGCUGGUAUUUUGGCCCAUUCCUCCAUGCAGAUCUCCUCUAGAGCAGUGAUGUUUUUGGGGCUGUCGCUGGGCAACACGGACUUUCAACUCCCUCCAAAGAUUUUCUAUGGGGUUGAGAUCUGGAGACUGGCUAGGCCACUCCAGGACCUUGAAAUGCUUCUUACGAAGCCACUCCUUCGUUGCCCGGGCGGUGUGUUUGGGAUCAUUGUCAUGCUGAAAGACCCAGCCACGUUUCAUCUUCAAUGCCCUUGCUGAUGGAAGGAGGUUUUCACUCAAAAUCUCACGAAACAUGGCCCCAUUCAUUAUUUCCUUUACACGGAUCAGUCGUCCUGGUCCCUUUGCAGAAAAACAGCCCCAAAGCAUGAUGUUUCCACCCCCAUGCUUCACAGUAGGUAUGGUGUUCUUUGGAUGCAACUCAGCAUUCUUUGUCCUCCAAACACGACAAGUGAGUUUUUACCAAAAAGUUCGAUUUUGGUUUCAUCUGACAUUCUCCCAAUCCUCUUCUGGAUCAUCCAAAUGCACUCUAGCAAACUUCAGACGGGCCUGGACAUGUACUGGCUUAAGCAGGGGGACACGUCUGGCACUGCAGGAUUUGAGUCCCUGGCGGCGUAGUGUGUUACUGAUGGUAGGCUUUGUUACUUUGGUCCCAGCUCUCUGCAGGUCAUUCACUAGGUCCUCCCGUGUGGUUCUGGGAUUUUUGCUCACCGUUCUUGUGAUCAUUUUGACCCCACGGGGUGAGAUCUUGCGUGGAGCCCCAGAUCGAGGGAGAUUAUCAGUGGUCUUGUAUGUGGGCAAAACCCACACCACUAAUUACAGUGGGGGAAAAAAGUAUUUAGUCAGCCACCAAUUGUGCAAGUUCUCCCACUUAAAAAGAUGAGAGAGGCCUGUAAUUUUCAUCAUAGUUACACGUCAACUAUGACAGACAAAUUGAGAAAAAAAAUCCAGAAAAUCACAUUGUAGGAUUUUUAAUGAAUUUAGUUGCAAAUUAUGGUGGAAAAUAAGUAUUUGGUCACCUACAAACAAGCAAGAUUUCUGGCUCUCACAGACCUGUAACUUCUUCUUUAAGAGGCUCCUCUGUCCUCCACUUGUUACCUGUAUUAAUGGCACCUUUCCCGCUGCACCCACACUCCCCUCCACUGCCCCAACACCCCCCUGCUGCCCCCACAUGCUCCCGCUGCACCCACAUUCCCCCCGCUCCCGCUGCCCCCACACUCCCCCCCCCCACUGCCCCCACACUCCCCCCUGCUGCCCCUGCAGCUGUGGCAGCCCAGUCCCUCCGAGACCCCCUGUCACAACGCUCAGCCUGACAUCCAGCCCAGCCAUUUGUGUGUAUGUGUGUGUCCAUGGUUGAGCAUCCCUCUGAGUGUGUGUACUGCAUGAUGUCUUUGUUCCUCCCCUUCCUCUCCUGUGUGUGGAGACACAGCCUUAAGGAGACAACAUCCUUUUAGAACAAUGCAUCGAACUCGCCACCCGUUAACACAGUAAUUACAUGAUCUCUUUGUGCUCCAAUACUCAUUAUAGAGAAGAAGCGACUGCAGCCAUUUGCUCUGAGCAGCUUCCUUUGUGUUUAUUUGUCUGUCUGUUUGCUUUGUUUUAUGGGGAUAAUAAAGGCCUAGCAUCUUGGACAAAGACACUAGAACACAUUAUGCCUGCCUGGGGAGUUCAGGCCUUCCGGUUUAAGCGUCAGUGUCUGCUGUUAGAUCAUUUAUAGUCAGCCAGUUAAUUUCCCUCAGUGUUACAAAGAGACCCCUGGGGCUAGAAGCUCGAAGUUGCCCCUUAGGCACAUAUCUGGGAUCAGCUUCCCUUCCCCCGAAUCUAAACCUUAACCACUAGAGGAAACACAAAACUGACCUUAGAUCAGUGUCAACACAUACUCCUGUUAGCCCACUCAGCUGGUUUCUACUAUCUAUCUCUCAUCUCAGAGACCAGAGGAGCACUAGCUGCAGCCUGCCCUGAUAUCUAUGAGAUGCUACUAUUGUGUAACUGACUUCCGUUUGACAGGUUUUUAUAUAACCGCUCUGGGGAGUGGAGCGAUGGGACCGUUCCAAUCCUGGCCACGACCGCUGCCGGCUUCACUUAUAUUGCAUUUUUAAUGGUGAGUUGUCAUCUCAUCAGACAUUCACUGUGAGAUGAUAUCGAUAUGGUGUCUAGGCCCUGGUAACAGCCUGGUAAUGUUAGGGGAGUAACCUGGCAGGGCAGAAACGUGUUGCCAAGCAUGUCUGGGCCAAGUACACUUUUAAGUUAGGAUGGCACAGGCAGCUGUUGACCUGUUUUGAGACGAGUGGCUGUGGAUCUCCACGUGAUGUGAUUUAUGUGUUUCUAUUCUUUCAGAUUUUAGCACUUUGCCACAUAGCAGUGGGACAACAGCUGAACUUGCACUGGCUGCACAAGGUAAUGCUCAAGUGUGUGAUUUUUGGUGUGUUUGUGUAUGCACGUGCUUGAGUGUUUGUGACUGUAAUUGCGCAUGUGUGGAUAUGGCCUGUAUACUGUGUGUGUGUCUUCAAGUGGCCAACUGAACUCUGCCUGAACCCCACAUUUGAGUUCAUGUUUUCCUGGGGGUUGUGAAAGCAGUGACAUCAUGCCCCAGGGUGCUGUUAUCUGGCCAAACACACUACAGAGGGUUGGAAUGGUUAGCCUGGGGGGGCAGUGUGUGUGUGUCUGUGUGUGCAUGCGAUGGUCUGUAACACUCUGUUUGCCCCCAUAGAUAGGAGUGAGUACUGCCCUUCUGACCACUGCCAUCGGAUUCAUAUCUGUCAAUCAAACAUGGGGGGAGGAGUGGGCAGUCAUCCCUAUAUCACUCCAGGUGAGUUAAACAACAUGUCCCCCUUUAGGGCUGUGCAUCAUACUGUAUUAUACAGGACACGUUCCUGAUAUGUGUUUAUAUACUUGAUAAAGCACAUGUUAACGACUGUAUUGAACUACAUACAACGGCAACAUUCAAUAUAGAAAUGCGUCUAACAGAUGUGUUAUUAAGACUGAUUCAAGGGGUUCAUUGAUUUAUCUUAUUUAAUUAUUUAUGGUUGUAGUAAUCAUGCAGUAGCCUACCAUUACCACUGAAUUAUUUUGUUUGUCGUACCAUUUAACAACUAUGAAUGACUAGCAAUGCCACACCUUUAACACUGAAUGAUGUCCCCUGUCCAGGCCACAGGUCCCUUCCUACACCUAGGAGCCCUGGUGGCUGUCACCGCUCUGGCCUGGCUGGUGGCUGGGCAGGUCGCCCGCGCUGAGAAAACAAGUAAGACCCAACCCAGACUGUGUUACUGACCAUGUUAGUGUUGCAAAGUAUACAUUUCUGUACUUUUUCAAUACUAGAACAUGAAAUACGGUCUGGUAAUAUAAUUUUUGUUACCUUCUGUCAAAUGUGUCUCACGUCAUAUACGGAUCGAGAGGAUUGAGUCUGUUUAGUCAUUUGUCUGACACAGUGCGAGCCACUUUUAAGAAGCAAGCGAUAGGCGAGAUAACAACAGCAUAGUUUCUUCAAAAGAAAACAUCAUACCUCCACACCCGCAGCUUGUUGACAAAACUGGCUGCAGGGGUGAACUAUAGGAAUACUUUGCUUGCAGAGCAGAUGAUGUGGGCAAGCCCACUGAAACAACUAAGGUAAAGGUGGUGUAUUUUUGAGUGACAAUGACAUGAACGUAUUGUAGUGACCCUGGUUUAUAAGCACGGAUAACGACUCUGCCACUCGAGCAUGCUUUUGUGCCACAGUGGAUGGCGCGCUGGGCUUCGGGCCAUAAGGUUGAGGGUUCAUUACAUUGAGGGUUCAUUACAUUAGUUUCAUUACAUUGGUGUCGGAAGUGAUCGGACCUCGCGUCCACGACAGUGCGUGUGCUUGGCCGGUGAGCGUUUUCCUGUAAGACGGUGUCCUGUGAGGUCUAGCGCGAGGACGCGCUCUUUGAAAGGAGGGAGUUGUGUUGCGACCCUAGUUUAUAAGCGCGGAUAUCGACUGCCACUGGAGGAUGCUUUUGUGGCACAGUCGAUGGCGCGCUGGGCUUCAGGCCAGAAGGUAGAGGGUUUGAGCCGCAAUCCCAUCCCUGUUUCAUUACAAUAUACCAAUGUACCCCCUGGGACUGCUGCACAGAACAACUAUCAGCUGGAGAGAAGCACAAGAUUGAACUUCACUCAACUUUCUAGAGUUUUCCCCUUUAGUUAACACUAUCAACAUUUCCCUUUACUGUGGCAAUUGUGAUCGGAUCAACGCAAUAUUAGCCACUUUCAAUGCAACACACCGAAACAAAACGAACUAGGCAAGAAAUUUUGUUGUAAGCAGAACGCAUCGGAGUAGGAUUCUAUUGCAUUGACAUGCAUGUCUCAGCCCUUACUCUACCCAGACUGGUGCGGCAUAACCAAUCAGAGCUGCAGUAGGCCUAUAUGCAAAUACACCAUUACCAUAUAUGGGUCUGUGCCAUUUACGUUGAACUGGACUGUGUUUACAGCUGUGGUCGUGAGUAGAUGCGCUUGUUUUGAGAUCAAAGCAAGGGCUGCAUGUAGUCACGUGUGCACAUUUUGUUCAUAUCCUUUGCUAGUUAGUGAGUUAUUUUUGUUACCUUUGGUACUUCUGUCAAAUGUGUCUCACAUCAUAUACGGAUUGAGAGGGUUGAGUCUGUUUAGUAAUUUGUCUGAAUCUUCUCAAGUGGGCAGUAGUAAGCUAGCCAGGCUACUUGCGCUUGCACAUGCAGCUGACACAGCGCAAGCCACUUUUAAGAAGCAAGCCAGUUAUAGAUAAUAUGUAGUCUGCAAUAGGGGAGUGAUUGCUUCCUACAAAAGCACAACAUGUGUACAUUUCUAGACAUCUUUGAAAAACAAGUCAGGUAAAUAGCUUUUUUUUUGUCUUAAAGGGGCGGUGUUGUAUUUUGAGACAGGCUUGAAUAAGCUAAGUAGCCAAUAGGCAGAGGGUAGCAUAAUUUGUCUGAUUCUCUGUAAUAAUAGUGCAUUUUAUUUUGUAAAGUGGCUUCUUGCAUCAAACAACACAAACAUUUUCAGUCACCACCUUGUGGAUAAACAGGUUAAUCUCAAGCCCUGCAUGUUUUUUUAAAAAAGUCUCAUGGAAUGUAGGCCUACAUUGAACACCACAUGUUGACUGCAACUCUAGGCUGAAUGAUAGAACAGCUAUUUCCAUGUAAAAAUUGGUAUGGGUCCUCAGAUCCUCAAAAGGUUCUACAGCUGCACUAUCGAGAGCAUCCUGACUGGUUGCAUCGCCGCCUGGUAUGGCAACUGCUCGGCCUCUGACUGCAAGGCGCUACAGAGGUAGUGUGUACGGCCCAGUACAUCACUGGGUCCAAGCUUCCUGCCAUCCAGGACCUCUAUACCAGGCGGUGUCAGAGGAAGGCCCUAAAACUUGCCAAAGACUCCAGCCACCCUUGUCAUAGACUGUUCUCUCUGCUACCGCACGGCAAGCGGUAACGGAGCGCCAAGUCUAGGUCCAAAAGGCUUCUUCACAGAUUCUACCCCCAAGCCAUAAGACUGCUGAACAGCUAAUUAAAUGGCUACCCGGACUAUUUGCAAGUUCCACAGACAUGUGACUAACAGAAAUUGAAUAAUGUGUCCCUGAACAAAGGGGGGGGGGGGGGGGUCAAAAUCAAACGUAACAGUCAGUAUCUGGUGUGGCCACCAGCUGCAUUAAGUACUGCAGUGCAUCUCCUCCUCAUGGGCUGAUUUGCCAGUUCUUGCUGUGAUAUGUUACCCCACUCUUCCACCAAGGAACCUGCAAGUUCCCAGACAUUUCUGGGGGGAAUGGCCCUAGCCAACAGGUCCCAGACGUGCUCAAUGGGAUUGAGAUCCGGGCUCUUCGCUGGCCAUGGCAGAACACUGACAUUCCUGUCUUGCAGGAACUCACACACAGAACGAGCAGUAUGGCUGGUGGCAUUGUCAUGCUGGAGGGUCAUGUCAGGAUGAGUCUGUAGGAAGGGUACCACAUGAGGGAGGAGGAUGUCUUCCCUGUAACGCACAGCGUUGAGAUUGCCUGCAAUGACAACAAGCUCAGUCCGAUGAUGCUGUGACACACCGCCCCAGACCAUAACGGUCUGGGGGGUGUGACACACCCCCCAGACCCACCUCCAAAUCGAUCACACUCCAGAGUACAGGCCUCAGUGUAACGCUCAUUCCUUCGACGAUAAACGCAAAUCCGACCAUCACCCCUGGUGAGAGAAAACCGCGAUUCGUCAGUGAAGAGCACUUUCUGCCAGUCCUAUCUGGUCCAGCGACGGUGGGUUUGUGCCCAUAGGUGACGUUGUCGGUGAUGUCUGGUGAGGACCUGCCUUACAACAGGCCUACAAGCCCUCAGUCCAGCCUCUCUCAGCCUAUUGCAGACAGUCUGAGUACUGAUGGAGGGACUCGGGCAGUUGUUGUUGCCAUCUUGUACCUGUCCCGCAGGUGUGAUGUUUGGAUGUACCGAUCCUGUGCAGGUGUUGUUACACGUGGUCUGCCACUGCGAGGACGAUCAGCUGUCCGUCCUGUCUCCCUGUAGCACUGUCUUAGGCGUCUCACAGUACGGACAUUGCAAUUUAUAGUCCUCAUGCCUCCUUGCAGCAUGCCUAAGGCACGUUCACGCAGAUGAGCAGGGACCCUGGGCAUCUUUCUUUUUGUGUUUUUCAGAGUCAGUAGAAAGGCCUCUUUAGUGUCCUAAGUAUUCAUGACUGUGACCUUAAUUGUCUACUGUCUGUAAGCUGUUAGUGUCUUAACGACCGUUCCACUGGUGCAUGUUCAUUAAUUGUUUAUGGUUAAUUGAACAAGCAUGGGAAACAGUGUUUAAACCCUUUACAAUGAAGAUCUGUGAAGUUAUUUGGAUUUUUACGAAUUAUCUUUGAAAGACAGGGUCCUGAAAAAGGGACGUUUCUUUUUUUGCUGAGUUUAUUACCUCGUCUAACCUGUGCCCCCCGCACAUUGACUCGCUACCGGUACCCCCUGUAUAUAGCCUCGUUAUUGUUAUUUUAUUGUUGUUCUUUUGUUUUUUUACUUUAGUUUAUUUAGUAAACUCUUAUUUUUCUUAAAACUGCAUUGUUGGUUAAGGGCUUGUAAGUAAGCAUUUCACGGUAAGGUCUACACAUUUUUUUUUAAAACAUUUUUGGUCAUUUAGCAGACGCUCUUAUCCAGAGCGACUUACAGGAGCAAUUAGGGUUAAGUGCCUUGCUCAAGGGCACAUCGACAGAUUUUUCACCUAGUCGGCUCGGGGAUUAGAACCAGCGACCUUUCGGUUACUGGCACAACGCUCUUAACCACUAAGCUACCUACUACACCUGUUGUAUUCGGUGCAUGUGACAAAUAAAAUUUGAAAUGUAAUGGGAUGCAUUUUAUCCAUUGGUUUUGAUGGUAGGCCACUCUGGUAGGCCUACAUUAUGAUCAAAUAGCUACAGUAGCCUACUUGGCCACUGUUAAAACUGUAACUUAGCUUCAGUGUUCACAGUAAACACGCGCUGGAAGUUGCACAGAAUUUUCACAACGUUCAAGUUUGCGCUCAGCAGACCUGAAAUUUGCUCAGUGCUUUCAAAAAUUAGAGGGAACAUUGCAAUAUACUAUAUUCAGCAUGACAUUAAUGUGAGCAUUAUAAUAUGAUUACAGUAAGGUGAAAUGUGCUCAGAACUUGACCACAAUAUAUUUACACUUCUUCACGUUUGUCUGUGCUUGCUAGCAGUAGCCACUAGCCAGCCAGCAGCCCAUUGCACCAUGGGAAGUGAAAUGUACUCUGGGCAUUUAAGGUAUUAUUCUGUUAUUUAAUAUGGUGUUUUAUUUUAGCAAGAAAUUGAAAAUAUAAUAUAUUCUAUUUGUUAUUUUAGUUGUUCUACCAGUUAUCAACAUAUUGUUCAAUAUUUUAAAAAAAGAAAGCCCAGUGGUUAUUCUAUGACUUUAGCUAAUACGCUUUAUUUUUUUGUUGCCGUGGUAUCGUUUUGGUAUUGGGUAUCGUUUCGGUAUUGAGUAUUAUGAUACUAAACCUGGUAUCGGUAUCAAAGUCAAAAAUCUGGUAUCGUGACAACACUAGACCAUGUUACUGACUGUCCACCUCACUGAUCAAAGCUCAGCUACUACUGCCAGAUGACUAAACAGCCUCAUAGAGCUGUGGGCGUUAAAUGAUUAACACCAUGUACACAAAGGGCAAAGCCCCACCAGGCCCCCGUCAGGGUGGCAGGGAUACUAGGCAUUCUUCUGGCCUCACGUGACACCACCAGUCCACAGGACAUUAUUAGGCCCCUGAGAUCUGUUGACACGGCCAGUUAGACAUCAAGUACUGGGGUAUUUCUGCCUUACACCUUCCUUUUAAAUCUAUCAGAGACUAGUACAAGGGAGGCAGAGGAGUGUUUGAGGUGCUUUGAGAUCCCCUUAGAUUAAAUACUGAAUCGUCAGUGCUGUUGUUUUUGGAGGCAAAUAACUUUCAUGAAUAUUCAGUUGUAGUUUAUAGACACUCCAUUUUCAUUUUUUAUACUCUGUAUUUGGGUAGAACAGUGGAUUGUUGUGCAAGGACACAAAGCCCCAGCAGUCUGUUUACUCACAGUAACUCUUACCAAAGAGUUGUAUUAUUCUGUUUACUCACAGUAACUCUUCUGUUUACUCACAGUAACUCUUACCAAAGAGUUGUAAUAUUGUGUUUACUCACAGUAACUCUUACCAAAGAGUUGUAUUAUUCUGUUUACUCACAGUAACUCUUACCAAAGAGUUGUAUUAUUCUGUUUACUCACAGUAACUCUUACCAAAGAGUUGUAUUAUUCUGUUUACUCACAGUAACUCUUACCAAAGAGUUGUAUUAUUCUGUUUACUCACAGUAACUCUUACCAAAGAGUUGUAUUAUUCUGUUUACUCACAGUAACUCUUACCAAAGAGUUGUAUUAUUCUGUUUACUCACAGUAACUCUUACCAAAGAGUUGUAUUAUUGUGUUUACUCACAGUAACUCUUACCAAAGAGUUGUAUUAUUCUGUUUACUCACAGUAACUCUUACCAAAGAGUUGUAUUAUUGUGUUUACUCACAGUAACUCUUACCAAAGAGUUGUAUUAUUAUGUUUACUCACAGUAACUCUUACCAAAGAGUUGUAUUAUUCUGUUUACUCACAGUAACUCUUACCAAAGAGUUGUAUUAUUCUGUUUACUCACAGUAACUCUUACCAAAGAAUUGUAUUAUUGUGUUUACUCACAGUAACUCUUACCAAAGAGUUGUAUUAAUAUGUUUACUCACAGUAACUCUUCUGUUUACUCACAGUAACUCUUACCAAAGAGUUGUAUUAUUCUGUUUACUCACAGUAACUCUUACCAAAGAGUUGUAUUAUUCUGUUUACUCACAGUAACUCUUACAAAGAGUUGUAUUAUUCUGUUUACUCACAGUAACUCUUACCAAAGAGUUGUAUUAUUCUGUUUACUCACAGUAACUCUUACCAAAGAGUUGUAUUAUUCUGUUUACUCACAGUAACUCUUACCAAAGAGUUGUAUUAUUCUGUUUACUCACAGUAACUCUACUCUUACCAAAGAGUUGUAUUAUUUGUUUACUCACAGUAACUCUUACCAAAGAGUUGUAUUAUUCUGUUUACUCACAGUAACUCUUACCAAAGAGUUGUAUUAUUUGUUUACUCACAGUAACUCUUACCAAAGAGUUGUAUUAUUCUGUUUACUCACAGUAACUCUUACCAAAGAGUUGUAUUAUUCUGUUUACUCACAGUAACUCUUACCAAAGAGUUGUUAUUUUAUUCUGUUUACUCACAGUAACUCUUACCAAAGAGUUGUAUUAUUGCUGUUUACUCACAUAAUCUUACCAAAGAGUUGUAUUAUUCUGUUUACUCACAGUAACUCUUACCAAAGAGUUGUAUUAUUUGUCUUAUUCACGUACAAUCUUAAAAAGCCUGUAAUUAUGUUCAUCCAUGUACAUUUGACCAGGCUAAUCUUAUUGAAAUACAGUAUAUGUCUCUUUAACAUAGAUAUUAUUUCAGUUACUCAGUCAUGCUUACAAGGUGUUGGUUCCUGGACGUGAGGUUAGCUGUGCAGCUAGCUGGCGGACCACUGUCUGAAUGCCAGAGGUUCUGACGGCAGAGGGUGAAGGCUUUCAGCCUUGUAACAAGAGUUCUUCUGACGCAGACAAUUGAAAUUAAUCUGACCUAGCUACAUUCAUCAUCACUUACCUGCAGUACAGCACAAGUGUGUGUACUGGCUGGCUGGCUUUCUCACCAUAUAUAUCUCAACCCAAACUGGCCACGUAAAAUGUUUAGAAACAUUCAGUGAAUGGUCUUCUUGCCCAUAGAUAAGCUACAUUCAGGAGUGCUAUUUAUUUUGGUCCUUGACCAUCUCAGUACAAUAGACAUCUGUGACAAGAUCAAAAAAGUAUUCCAUGACAUUGAUCCUUUCGGCCAUAGCUAUUCUAUAUACUUGGGUAUUCUAUUUAUUAGUCACCCUCCCCAUGGUUUCUAUUAAUUCUACAUCUAUGUUGCGUUUUACCCCUCCCCAGGGUUUCUAUUCAUUCUACAUCUAUGUUGUGUUCUACCCCCUGUCCAGGGUUUCUAUUCAUUCUACAUCCAUGUUGUGUUCUACCCCCUGCCCAGGGUUCCAGGUGGUGGUUCUCCUGCUCUACCUGAGUGUUCUACUAGGCCUCUACAUGGCCCCCCUCUCCAUCACCUCCCCCUGCAUCAUGGACCACGCCAACCUCAAACCACGCCCUGAUGUCAUUGGCCACCAGGGCGCACCCAUGGUGAGUCAGCUGAACCAGCUGCCCAAUCAGAGGGCAUGUAGGCGGAGGCACCUCAUACGCUAUGCUUAUAGAGUAUACAAUAACAGACCCACAGAGAUGUAACCUUCAUAAAGGGCACUAGAGAAACAAUGCUGUCCAACAAUGUAUCUUCAUAUUUCCACCCACUCACUUCCUUCACACUAAGUAGCCCAGGAAUAGCUGGUAAACAGACUUCUGGGCUUUCUGUAAGCACUAUAAGGAAGCUAUAGGCUACUGUAUGUGAGAGCACUUAACCUAUCAGCUCCAUCUAUCAGCUCAACCUAUAGAAGCAAGAUUUUAUAUGAUUCAAUGUCUAGCAUUUCUUCAUUUAAUGUUGUGCUGCAUUUUUACCUACCUGUUCCUGAGAGUCGUGUCUUUCAGUGAUGGGUUCAUCAUAUUUUGUAGCUUAAACCAUUCAAAAGAUAGAGCCACAUUUGUACGAAGAAAACAGAAACCGCUCUGUUUAUUACAACCUAAUCUAGCAGCUACUGGAGGUUACUGAUAUAACCCCGGGUUCGAUGAACCAAGUGAAAAAGUUGUCUCGCGACCCCAUUUUCAAAUCAGGCGACCCCUAGUGUGGGAAACCAUGUCCUAACGACUCGUACACACAAACACAUGACCCAUCCAUCCAACGAGCUGCAGACAGAGACACACCCCUGCUCUGCUCCCCAGCCAGCCGGUUGGGGCAUGUUGCAGAAGUUUAUCACCCCAGAAGUAAAACACUGUGGAGGAAUUAAGUCUUAAAGACCUGAGAACUCCCCCAGGACACAUCACAUGACCCACUCUGUUUUUUUCCCAGGUUUCCAGUCCAGUCCCCUCACAGUAUUAGACAGUUUGACCUACAGUAUCACUGACCGUUAUCAGUUUGACCUACAGUAUCACUGACCGUUAUCAGUUUGACCUACAGUAUCACUGACCGUUAUCAGUUUGACCUACAGAAUCACUGACCGUUAUCAGUUUGACCCAUGUGGCCUAGUAUCUUGUAUUGCACCAGUCAGUAUAUGUUCAAUAGUCUGUUGUUGUAAGCAUAUGAGCUCAUAACCCAUGACUUUUAACUGGAAUACAUUCUCCAAGUUUCCUCACACCCAUUUAAAGGGAAAACAAAUUUAAAUGUCAACUUCACAUUCAUCACCUCCAGCACCACCCCAACAACAUAUGUGAAAAUGGCGCUUUUAAAAGGAUUGUUAGACUUCUGAAACCUAUAUAAACCUGUGAACUCUCAGAUUGCAGUAAGGUAUAUGAAACCUCUCUGACCUCCAUGAAACAUCAAUAUAUGUCUAGACAGUGUGCUGAUGAUGUUCCUCCAUCUGUCUGUAGCUGGCUCCAGAGAACACCAUCCUGUCCUUCCAGAGGGCUCUGCAGAUGAACGUCAGUGGGCUAGAGGCUGACGUGGCCAUCAGGUAUACACACACCGAAAGAGACUCACAGUGCAGCCAAACUAGAUCAAUAGGGAGCUGCAGGGAGAGACAGCGAGAAGUCCAGUCUGUUGUGGUUGAUAGGGAAGUCCAGUCCAGUCUCCUGUGGUUGAUAGGGAAGUCCAGUCCAGUCUGUUGUGGUUGAUAGAAAAGUCCAGUCCAGUCUGCUGUGGUUGAUAGGGAAGUCCAGUCCAGUCUGCUGUGGUUGAUAGGGAAGUCCAGUCUGCUGUGGUUGAUAGGGAAGUCCAGUCCAGUCUGCUGUGGUUGAUAGGGAAGUCCAGUCCAGUCUGCUGUGGUUGAUAGGGAAGUCCAGUCCAGUCUGCUGUGGUUGAUAGGGAAGUCCAGUCCAGUCUGCUGUGGUUGAUAGGGAAGUCCAGUCCAGUCUGCUGUGGUUGAUAGGGAAGUCCAGUCCAGUCUGCUGUGGUUGAUAGGGAAGUCCAGUCCAGUCUGCUGUGGUUGAUAGGGAAGUCCAGUCCAGUCUGCUGUGGUUGAUAGGGAAGUCCAGUCCAGUCUGCUGUGGUUGAUAGGGAAGUCCAGUCCAGUCUGCUGUGGUUGAUAGGGAAGUCCAGUCCAGUCUGUUGUGGUUGAUAGGGAAGUCCAGUCCAGUCUGCUGUGGUUGAUAGGGAAGUCCAGCCAAGCACAGGUCAGCCAGUGUCAUACUGCUGGUCUGGGUCUCCUGUCCAGGAUUCGGCCGCUUAUUACCAGUCAGUGAGCGGUGGCGGUACUAGCAGUUUUAGUAGUAGUAGUAGCAGCGGCCAGGACAGCACUUUCAUAGACUCAUGGCUGUUUUUAGAUAACAUGAGAUGACAAGAUGAGCUAGAAGAGCAAAUCCAAUAGAGAGGUGGUGUUUGUGAAUGAGUUGGACGUAGUGUGUGUGUGUGUACGCAUAGACCUAUGCAUACAGGUACUAGUGUGGUGUGUGUGUGUCUGUGUGCUUUUCAUUUUGUGCCAUGUUUAUGAAUGUGUGAUUGUAUGUACAGUGCGGGGAAAAAAGUACACUGCUCAAAAAUAUAAAGGGAACACUAAAAUAACACAUCCUAGAUCUGAAUGAAUGAAAUAAUCUUAUUAAAUACUUUUUCUUUACAUAGUUGAAUGUGCUGACAACAAAAUCACACAAAAAUGAUCAGUGGAAAUCAAAUGUAUCAACCCAUGGAGGUCUGGAUUUGGAGUCACCCUCAAAAUUAAAGUGGAAAACCACACUACAGGCUGAUCCAACUUUGAUGUAAUGUCCUUAAAACAAGUCAAAAUGAGGCUCAGUAGUGUGUGUGGCCUCCACGUGCCUGUAUGAUCUCCCUACAACGCCUGGGCAUGCUCCUGAUGAGGUGGCGGAUGGUCUCCUGAGGGAUCUCCUCCCAGACCUGGACUAAAGCAUCCGCCAACUCCUGGACAGUCUGUGGUGCAACGUGGCAUUGGUGGAUGGAGCGAGACAUGAUGUCCCAGAUGUGCUCAAUUGGAUUCAGGUCUGGGGAACGGGCGGGCCAGUCCAUAGCAUCAAUGCCUUCCUCUUGCAGGAACUGCUGACACACUCCAGCCACAUGAGGUCUAGCAUUGUCUUGCAUUAAGAGGAACCCAGGGCCAACCGCACCAGCAUAUGGUCUCACAAGGGGUCUGAGGAUCUCAUCUCGGUACCUAAUGGCAGUCAGGCUACCUCUGGCGAGCACAUGGAGGGCUGUGCGGCCCCCCAAAGAAAUGCCACCCCACACCAUGACUGACCCACCGCCAAACCGGUCAUGCUGGAGGAUGUUGCAGGCAGCAGAAUGUUCUCCACGGCAUCUCCAGACUGUCACGUCUGUCACGUGCUCAGUGUGAACCUGCUUUCAUCUGUGAAGAGCACAGGGCGCCAGUGGCUAUUUUGCCAAUCUUGGUGUUCUCUGGCAAAUGCCAAAUGUCCUGCACGGUGUUGGGCUGUAAGCACAACCCACACCUGUGGACGUCGGGCCCUCAUACCACCCUCAUGGAGUCUGUUUCUGACCGUUUGAGCAGACACAUGCACAUUUGUGGCCUGCUGGAGGUCAUUUUGUAGGGCUCUGGCAGUGCUCCUCCUGCUCCUCCUUGCACAAAGGCGGAGGUAGCAGUCCUGCUGCUGGGUUGUUGCCCUCCUACGGCCUCCUCCACGUCUCCUGAUGUACUGCCCUGUCUCCUGGUAGCGCCUCCAUGCUCUGGACACUACGCUGAUAGACACAGCAAACCUUCUUGCCACAGCUCGCAUUGAUGUGCCAUCCUGGAUGAGCUGCACUACCUGAGCCACUUGUGUGGGUUGUAGACUCCGUCUCAUGCUACCACUAGAGUGAAAGCACCGCCAGCAUUCAAAAGUGACCAAAACAUCAGUCAGGAAGCAUAGGAACUGAGAAGUGGUCUGUGGUCACCACCUGCAAAACCAGUCCUUUAUUGGGGGUGUCUUGCUAAUUGCCUAUAAUUUUUACCUGUUGUCUAUUCCAUUUGCACAACAGCAUGUGACAUUUAUUGUCAAUCAGUGUUGCUUCCUAAGUGGACAGUUUGAUUUCACAGAAGUGUGAUUGACUUGGAGUUACAUUGUGUUGUUUAAGUGUUCCCUUUAUUUUUUUGAGCAGUGUAUUUGAUCCCCUGCUGAUUUUGUACGUUUGCCCACUGACAAAGACAUCAUCAGUCUAUAAUUUUAAUGGUAGGUUUAUUUGAACAGUGAGAGACAGAAUAACAACAACAAAAUCCAGAAAAACGCAUGUCAAAAAUGUUAUAAAUUGAUUUGCAUUUUAAUGAGGGAAAUAAGUAUUUGACCCCUCUGCAAAACAUGAUUUAGUACUUGGUGACAAAACCCUUGUUUGCAAUCACAGAGGUCAGACGUUUCUUGUAGUUGGCCACCAGGUUUGCACACAUCUCAGGAGGGAUUUUGUUCCACUCCUCUUUGCAGAUCUUCUCCAAGUCAUUAAGGUUUCGAGGCUGACGUUUGGCAACUCGAACCUUCAGCUCCCUCCGCAGAUUUUCUAUGGGGGUUAAGGUCUGGAGACUGGCUAGGCCCCUCCAGGACCUUAAUGUGCUUCUUCUUGAGCCACUCCUUUGUUGCCUUGGCCGUGUGUUUUGGGUCAUUGUCAUGCUGGAAUACCCAUCCAUGACCCAUUUUCAAUGCCCUGGCUGAGGGAUGGAGGUUCACACCCAAGAUUUGACGGUACAUGGCCCCGUCCAUCGUCCCUUUGAUGCGGUGAAGUUGUCCUGCCCCCUUAGCAGAAAAACACCCCCAAAACAUAAUGUUUCCACCUCCAUGUUUGACGGUGGGGAUGGUGUUCUUGGGGUAAUAGGCAGCAUUCCUCCUCCUCCAAACACGGCGAGUUGAGUUGAUGCCAAAGAGCUCGAUUUUGGUCUCAUCUGACCACAACACUUUCACCCAGUUCUCCUCUGAAUCAUUCAGAUGUUCAUUGGCCAACUUCAGACGGCCCUGUAUAUGUGCUUUCUUGAGCAGGGGGACCUUGCAGGCGCUGCAGGAUUUCAGUCCUUCAUGGCGUAGUGUGUUACCAAUUGUUUUCUUGGUGACUAUGGUCCCAGCUGCCUUGAGAUCAUUGACAAGAUCCUCCCGUGUAGUUCUGGGCUGAUUCCUCACCGUUCUCAUGAUCAUUGCAACUCCACGAGGUGAGAUCUUGCAUGGAGCCCCAGGCCGAGGGAGAUUGACAGUUAUUUUGUGUUUCUUCCAUUUGCGAAUAAUCGCACCAACUGUUGUCACCUUCUCACCAAGUUGCUUGGCGAUGGUCUUGUAGCCCAUUCCAGCCUUGUGUAGGUCUACAAUCUUGUCCCUGACAUCCUUGGAGAGCUCUUUGGUCUUGGCCAUGGUGGAGAGUUUGGAAUCUGAUUGAUUGAUUGAUUGCUUCUGUGGACAGGUGUCUUUUAUACAGGUAACAAACGGAGAUUAGGAGCACUCCCUUUAAGAGUGUGCUCCUAAUCUCAGCUCGUUACCUGUAUAAAAGACACCUGGGAGCCAGAAAUCUUUCUGAUUGAGAGGGGGUCAAAUACUUAUUUCCCUCAUUAAAAUGCAAAUCAAUUUAUAACAUUUUUGACAUGCGUUUUUCUGGAUUUUUUUGUUGUUAUUCUGUCUCUCACUGUUCAAAUAAACCUACCAUUAAAAUUAUAGACUGAUCAUUUCUUUGUCAGUGGGCAAACGUACAAAAUCAGCAGGGGAUCAAAUACUUUUUUCCCUCAAUGUAGCCACGUGUGUUUCUGUCUUUGCCUUUGUGUUCGUGAAAUCUCAUUUAGCGUGUGUAUACAUUCCUCCACUCUCUCUGGUGCCUGUGCGGCCCUAAUUAAGAUGAAUGGGAGGUGGAAACGUGCGUGCUGAUGACAGGUAGGCUGGGCUCUGGGCUGCACUGAGCUCAUGGUGGAGCUGAACAGGGCCUGAGCCAGGCUCUAUACAUCCUCCUGACCAGAGACACAGGAGACCUAUGCACGCAUGUACACAGACAGACACACACACACACGAAGGGACAGAGGUCAUUCAGGCACUAAUUGAACGUUUCAGUCACGCUAAAUGGUCAUUGAAAACGAUGAUGAAUUAUGUUUUUGGUCCGAUUUCGUUGCUUGCUUGGGAUGGAAUCUUACGAAAGUGUUGUGAUUCUAGUUGUGAAUUUGACUAACAAUUCCAAGUGUAGGUAAUGUGUUUUUGUUUUCCAUGUCUUACAACCUGAGGUUAACUGAAAAGGCGGGAAAAUGAUUUGGCAUUCAAAGUGAAGGUAACGCAAGCAACAUGAAAGUAGCUUUCAUGUAAAGUGAGUUUUGCCUCAAACAGCUCUUGUCUUUUCCCUUCAUGAUUGAAGUGUUUUUGGGCUUCCCUUGAGAGCAUUCAGUAUUUCUGUUGUAAGAACUUCCACUUAGAAACACAAAUUAUCAGGGGAUAUAAACAUCUGUGAGAUUCUGAGGAAUAAGAUGACCAUAUGAUGUUGAACACUGUACAGCACUGAAUAUACUAUUGUAUUGGUAGACCUGACUGUUUAACUCUUUCCUGUCCUAGCCUUGACGGUGUGCCGUUUCUGAUGCGAGACCGCACCUUGAGGAGGACUACAGACGUGGGGAAGGUGUUUCCUGCCAGACAGCUGGACGAUGUCUCCUCCUUCAACUGGACAGACUUGCACAGCCUCAACGCCGGCCAGUGGUUCCUCAAGGUACCACACUGUUACUCACACCCCCACUAGGGAGGAAUGGUACUGUCACACCCCCACUAGGGAGGAAUGGUACUGUCUGUCACAACACCGCUAGGGAGGAAUGGUACUGUCUGUCACAACACCGCUAGGGAGGAAUGGUACUGUCUGUCACACCCCCGCUAGGGAGGAAUGGUUCUGUCUGUCACACCCCCGCUAGGGAGGAAUGGUACUGUCUGUCACACCCCCGCUAGGGAGGAAUGGUACUGUCUGUCACAACACCGCUAGGGAGGAAUGGUACUGUCUGUCACACCCCCGCUAGGGAGGAAUGGUUCUGUCUGUCACACCCCCGCUAGGGAGGAAUGGUACUGUCUGUCACACCCCCGCUAGGGAGGAAUGGUACUGUCUGUCACACCCCCGCUAGGGAGGAAUGGUUCUGUCUGUCACACCCCCGCUAGGGAGGAAUGGUACUGUCUGUCACACCCCCGCUAGGGAGGAAUGGUACUGUCUGUCACACCCCUGCUAGGGAGUCUUAUGCAAUCUUUCUCUCUUUCUGAAGGUUUCUAACCAAAUGUAAGCAUGCAGUAAAUGUAUCUUUGUAGGACCUCACACCACCCUUUCUUUCACUAGGCCUAUAUUUCUCCUCCAUGCUUUGGGUCCAUUUCAUUGCCACACGGCUGAUAGGAAACCUCAUUAAUGAAGUGGAGAAAUUGCCCAAUUUUAUCAAUCAAGAUUACUUCCCUGGAUUGAGUUAAAAUAAAAUUGACUCAAACCCUGAUCUCAUCUCUCAUCAUAAAGUGGUGUAUUAUUACGAUUGCCAUGUAAAUCUAGAAAUACACUAAAUUGAUUAGCUUGACUGUGAGUACCUGUGUGCGUUGUCUUCUAGGACGACCCAUUCUGGACGGUCCAGUCCAUGGCUCAGAGGGAGGUGAUGCUGGUGGGGAACCAGAGUGUGUGUAGUCUGGAGCAGCUGCUGAGGCUAGCCGCCCUCCAUAACCACACAGUGGUGUUCAACCUGCGCCGACCUCCGCACGGACACCCCUGCUACCACAGCUGGAUCAACGAUACCCUGGAGGUCGUACGCCUGUCUGGGAUACCACAGCACCUGGUGAGACCGGCAUCACACACUGUUCCCCUUGGGGGGGGGGGGGGGGGGUUGUGUUGUGGUAUAGAAAGAGGAAGACAACACUAGUGUACCCGACUGAGAUAGUGGUCCUUUGUAGCUCAGUUGGUAGAGCAAUGGCACUUGUAAUGCCAAGGUAGUGGGUUUGAUUCCCGGGACCACCCAUACUUAAAAUGUAUGCACACGUGAUUGUAAGUUGCUUUGGAUAAAAGUGUCUGCUAAAUGGCAUAUAAUAAUAUUAUUAUUAUUAUUAUUAUUAUUAUUAGAUAGUGGACAGAAACUUGUUAGGGCUCAGACACUGUCCCCUUGGGUUAUCUAUGGAAAUCAAGAGGAGGAAAACACAACUCAUAGUAGAGAGAUGGAACUGACUACUGUCAGCUUGAGGCUGACCUGAAGAUUGCCUGUGACAUUCAUCAAUGUCACCAAUGUAAUAAUCAUUACUUUGUCAUCACUGAUGUCACUAACUGCACAUCUACAUGUCCCAUAACUAAUCUGAGCUGUGACUGUCGUCUCUGUGUCUGUCGUCUGUGUCUGUGUCUUUCUGUGUCUGUCUCUGUGUGUGUGUGUGUGUCUGUACAGGUGAUGUGGACCCCAGACUGGGACAGGGGGCAGGUAAGACAGGUGGCUCCAGGGCUGCAGCAGACGUCAGUAGAGAAGCUGCCUCCUCAGGUCCUUCACCAGCAGGGAAUCAGCAGACUACUGCUACGCUACAGCCAGGCCAGCCCCUAUGACAUCCGGUGGGUUAACAUACACACAUACACACAUCCACAGACACACACGCACUGUGUGUGCUUCUUCUGUAUAUGUGUGUCUGAAAUAUGAAUGUGUCUGUCUGCACCCCCCAGAGAGUUCUCCAGGAGCAACGUGAGCGUGACUCUGUACACGGUCAACGAGCCCUGGCUGUUUUCUGUGCUCUGGUGCAGCGGGAUCUCCUCUGUCUCCUCUGAAGCCCCCAACAUCCUCAAAAAGGUGCCUUACCCCAUCUGGCUCAUGGUAAGUCCCUCACAGCACCCCCACAGCACCCACCUAGCACCCACACAUUACCCCCACAGCACCCCCUAGCACCCACACCAUUACCCCCACAGCACCCCCUAUCACCCACACCGCCCCAGGCCCUCCUGGCACCCCUCUCUGGGUUAGCAGACUGACUCCCAGCAGGAAACACUGUGGGUGGUGCAGACUAGAGAAUAGAGCCCAUCCUGGGUGAGAUUCACAUGGAGUUCAGGAUAGCACUGCAUCUGUUACCCACCCUGUCUGUCUCUGUCUGUUAGCUAGUCAAUAUGGCCACUACCUACACCCUCCUUGUCUGGUAGUAUGGGAUUUAGGUGAAUGUGGAACUUAAUUAAAUUGUCCUUUCACUCCUAGUUUUACAAUAUUCUGACUAGAGUAUUCUCUUUUGUUAACUUGGAGCUCAUUUGAAUAACUAGUCCAUUAUGCAUUACACAUUAAUUACUGUACCACAAUAUUAUAUUAAUUUCAAUAUUACAUAAUUUUAGGAAGGUAUGCUUUGUUCUAGGUUUGUUACCUGCCUGUGAGUUGUUUUAGGAGACAGUGCCACCUGGUGGUCUAAUGCUGCCAUGUUGCGUUUCAGAGUCCAGAUGAAUACUGUCUGAUCUGGGUCGCUGCUGAUCUCAUCUCCUUCACUGUAGUUAUAGGAAUUUUUGUAUUCCAAAAGUAAGUACUCCUUUUCUGCUGAUUCUCUAGUUUUUUUUCUCAGGAUGUAAUUUUUAAAUGUAGUAAUUAACCUAAGUGUUUUACUUGAGAUUUAUUAGUCAACUGAUUUAAAGGAGGAAGAAAGCAGAUGCAAGCAUUUUUUUUACUGCGCCUACAUAGCACUGGGAAUAUUGUCUACUAUUCUCUCUCUCUCUCUCUCUCUCUCUCUCUCUCUCUCUCUCUCUCUCUCUCUCUCUCUCUCUCUCUCUCUCUCUCUCUCUCUCUCUCUUAAUUAACCUGUUAUUACUGCAGUAGUGCCUCUGGCAGCCUUUACACAGUUAACACAUCUCUUCCUCCCUCAGUGUGUCUGCUUCACACCCUCUCUCAUUCCACACAGCUGUGUGUGUUCUACCUCUCAGGGGCUUAGUGUACAAUUAUAUAAUUAUAAUAUCUGCCAUUUAGCAGACGCUUUUAUCCAAAGCGACUUAGUCAUGCGUGCAUACAUUUAUUACGUAUGGGGUGGUCCUGGGAUUCGAACGCACUAGCCUGGCGUUGCAAGAGCCAUGCUCUACCAACUGAGCUACAGAGGACCAGCAGGCUCCAUGUACAGCAGGAUCCUGUAUAUUGUACAAGCACACAUUAACAGAACUCUGCAUACACAGAUGACCGUUAUAUUGCAUUAAUUAGGGUUUCCCCAAGGGAAGAUUAACCAUGAUUUUUUUCAAGGUCAUUGUUGAUCUUCGACAGUGAAUCUACUAUAGUGUUUCUACACCCUCCUCCCCCAAUUAACUUCAGUGAAAGGCAAGAGUCCCUUAGCAGAGGAAUACCAUCCAGCCAAUGUGAAUACAAUUGUGUAAUGGGUAUUCACAGGCCAUUUUCCAGCAAGUAUGUUAAAACACAGGGAUGGGUGAAACCGUAGUUAUUUGAUAAAGCAUUUACAAUGCCAACACCGUGGCUUGGAGAAUCAGCUGGAGAGGUAUCUCUCAUCAACCAAACAAUGUUUCCCCUUACAGUUGUUUGCACUUUUAAGUAACAUCAAACCAGAAAGUAUGCUUCCUUGAAUCUUCUGAAAGACUGUAGGAAGCUGUUCCUAUGGGAGUUUCUCUAUUCUAAAAGGAAUUUCACCUUUCUUCCUGAGCCAUAACACUGUUGUGGGAUGGAGGACAGCAGAGCAAGAUCUCCAUCCUCUAGUCUUAUGGUGUAGGGUUUGCUAUGCUUAGCAAAGUGCUGGCCGCUGCUGGCUUCUAAACUGACCUCUUAAUCUUUCCGCCUUCUUUUGUCCUUUUUCCCUUCUCUUCCUCCUUUUUCCUUCUUCCUCCUGUCCUCUGCCUGAUGUGCAUGCUCCUCCUCUUCUCUGCUGCAUUCUGGCAUCUCUCAGCUAUCACAUUAUCAGGUAACUGGGUCAACUCUGACCCACGAUGCGUUUCCUUUUUCUCCCUCUUUCUUCCUCUCUCUCCAUUUCCCUAUAUUUAGCUUUAUCAUUUCAUCCUUUCUUUCUGUAUACGUCAUCCUUUAAAUCUUACAUCUAUCUCUUUCUUUUGUUUCUGUCUUUCUCUCACCUGUAUCAUUGUAUUUCACUGCUGCCACUUCUCAUUCUCCCAACACGAGGAGAGUAUAAAUACAAGCAAGCUUACCACUAUUGGCCUUUCAGUGGCAGACAGCAAUGCUUUGUCCCACACAGCACAAAUGCUUGUGUUCACUUUCAUCCCACUUGAAUUUUUUUUUAAACAUUAUCGACCGAAUGACAGUCUACAAAUUAAUUCAAGAAUUGUAUCAAACAAGGAAGAGCUCAUUUUCAUUUAUGGUGUUGAUUUGGACGAAAGCUCUACGUAUUUUUUAAAGUGCAUUGAUGCAUUAGCCAAGACACAAUAUUGCUAAUAUAAUCAUUUCAUUUACGUGCCUCUAUUUGUUAAUUACCAUAACCAAAUGGGUUGUGGAAGUAAAUCUUCUUCCCUCAGAUGUUACUCCAGUUAGUGUUGUGAUGCUCAAAGCCAGUCACAACCAAUGAUGUAUAUAAAUCCUGGAUUGCUGAUGCUAUGUACAGUUGAAGUCGGAAGUUUACAUACACUUAGGUUGGAGUCAUUAAAACUCGUUUUUCAACCACUCCACAAAUGUCUUUUUAACAAACUAUAGUUUUGGCAAGUCGGUUAGGACAUCUACUUUGUGCAUGAAACAAGUAAUUUUUCAAACAGUUGUUUACAGACAGAUUAUUUCACUUAUAAUUCACUGUAUCACAAUUCCAGUGGGUCAGAAGUUGACUGUGCCUUUACACUAAGUUGACUGUGCCUUUAAACAGCUUGGAAAAUUCCAGAAAAUGUUAUGGCUUUAGAAGCUUCUGAUAGGCUAAUUGACAUAAUUUGAAUCAAUUGGGGGUGUACCUGUGGAUGCAUUUCAAGGUCUACCUUCAAACUCAUGUGCCUCUUCGCUUGAAAUCAUGGGAAAAUCAAAAGAAAUCAGCCAAGACCUUAGAAAAAAAAUGGUAGACCUCCACAAGUCUGGUUCAUCCUUGGGAGCAAUUUCCAAACGCCUGAAGGUACCAAGUUCAUCUGUACAAACAAUAGUACGCAAGUAUAAACACCAUGGGACCACGCAGCCGUCAUACCACUCAGGAAGGAGACGCGUUCUGUCUCCUAGAGAUGAACGUACUUUGGUGCGAAAAGUGCAAAUCAAUCCCAGAACAACAGCAAAGGACCUUGUGAAGAUGCUGGAGGAAACAGGUACAAAAGUAUCUAUAUCCACAGUAAAACAAGUCCUAUAUCGACAUAACCUGAAAAGCCGCUCAGCAAGGAAGAAGCCACUGCUCCAAAACUGCCAUAAAAAAGCCAGACUACGGUUUGCAACUGCACAUGGGGACAAAGAUCGUACUUUUUGGAAAAAUGUCCUCUGGUCUGAUGAAACAAAAAUAGAACUGUUUGGCCAUAAUGACCAUCGUUAUGUUUGGAGGAAAAAGGGGGUAGCUUGCAAGCCGAAGAACACCAUCCCAACCGUGAAGCACGGGGGUGGCAGCAUCAUGCUGUGGGGGUGCUUUGCUGCAGGAGGGACUGGUGCACUUCACAAAAUAGAUGGCAUCAUGAGGAAGGAAAAUGAUGUGGAUAUAUUGAAGCAACAUCUCAAAGACAUCAAUCAGGAAGUUAAAGCUUGGUCGCAAAUGGGUCUUCUAAAUGGACAAUGACCCCAAGCAUACUUCCAAAAUUUUGGCAAAAUGGCUUAAGGACAACAAAGUCAAGGUAUUGGAGUGGCCAUCACAAAGCCCUGACCUCAACCCUAUAGAAAAUGUGUGGGCAGAUCUGAAAAAGCGUGUGCGAGCAAGGAGACCUACAAACCUGACUCAGUUACACCAGCUCUGUCAGGAGGAAUGGGCCAAAAUUCACCCAACUUAUUGUGGGAAGCUUGUGGAAGGCUACCCGAAACGUUUGACCCAAGUUAAACAAUUUUAAAGGCAAUGCUACCAAAUACUAAUUGGGUGUAUGUAAACUUCUGACCCACUGGGAAUGUGAUGAAAUAAUUAAAAGCUGAAAUAAAUCAUUCUCUCUACUAUUAUUCUGACAUUUCACAUUCUUAAAAUAAAGUGGUGAUCCUAACUGACCUAAGACAGAAUUUUUACUAGGAUUAAAUGUCAGGAAUUGUGAAAAACUGAGUUUAAAUGUAUUUGGCUAAGGUGUAUGUAAACUUCCGACUUCAACUGUAUUGGCCAUUAAGAGGCAUUGAAGCCACCGGUCAGCCAUAUUGGCACUCCCUAGUAGGGGCAGUCCUCCAUAGGAAUGAAUCGAAUUCUACAGUAUUUCAAUUAAAUGUGAUCAAGGACAAAAUUGGAUUUAUGUAUUUAAAAAAUAUAUUUGUAUGUUUAGCUCACAUAAUAUAAUGUAAAAGUAUGCAUUAAGGUGUCUGUAAUAUAAUACAUGGGGCAAAAACUAAUGUAGACAUUAAUAAAGGAAUUUCUAUAGCUUCCCCACCAUUGUAAAACAUAUUUUGGGAGUGCCAAGAUGGAGGCACGGUGUCUUCAACACAGUGCCCCCUGCCAGUCAUCUAGUGUAAUAUAUAAAUCAUUGGUCACAACUAGUCAGUAACUGAUCACAAGUAGUCAUUAUCUGAUGUAUGCACUUUCAGGGAAGUGGAGAUGUCUUUGGCUCAGACUCUGUUCUAUUUGUACAUGUUCUUGUAGAUUAAUGUGUGCAUAAAUCAUUCGAUUCAUUCAGUACAGCAACCAACUUCAAUAUCCGUCUGUUUUGAGGUCAGCCAAAUAGAAGUAGACUUUAAGGCAAAAUGGUGUCCAGUGCCCACACAUGUUGACCUAGAGUAGCAAUCUCCAAGCAAAAUGGGCGACACAUUUUGACAUGCCGUUAGCUCCAUAUAGGACAGGUCCUUGAGAGCAGAGGCAGCAGUACUGUGGUAUGACCAGAGGCUCUAUAUCAGGCCUCUCAACCUUGUUCCUGGAGAGCUACCCUCCUGUAGGUUUUCACUCCAACCACAGUUGUAACUAACCUGAUUCAGCUUAUCAAACAGCUAAUUAUUAGAAUCAGGGUUGGAGCGAAAACCUACAGGACGGUAGCUCUCCAGGAACAGGGUUGGAGAGCCCUGCUCUAUAUAAUGCCCUGACCUCUGUGACCAUUCCUCUCUAGGUGGAGGUUGAGUGGCAUGCACAGCUACAACCCUGAACAGAUCAUGCUGAGUGCCGCAGUCAGGAAGUCCAGCAGAGAUGUCAACAUCAUGAAGGAGAAACUCAUCUUCUCCGGUAAGGAAGGACGCCACAGAGAGGAGAGCUGCACGUCCUGUGUCUUCUGUAUUGUGUGUUGGUGUUUGUUUCUCUGGCUGUGUCCCAGUACUCUGAAAUGGCUUCCUCUCCUUUUCUCCUCUCCUUAUUUAUUUACCACUGAUCUGAUAACAUUGGAUAAAUUAAGUGGAUGCCCAGUUGUUUUGGCCAGCCAUAUUGCUUUCACCUAUUAAUCAGUGGUCACAGAAAAGGAGACGAGGGAAGGCAGCCAUUUUAGGAGUGUCUGGGGAUGUCAGUGUGUGACCCUAUCCCAGCAUGCAUCUCUCUGAGUGUUUGUAAUGUAAUUAUCCUCCCCAAGGUCAACCGCAGUAGCAGUCUCAUCCUGUGUGUGUGUGACCUGCACUCCUCUCCACCUCCACUCCUCUUCAUCCUGCCAUCUCUCCAUCCUCCUCUGGCUGCUCCUCCUCCAUUCCAUCCCUCCCUUCCCCUCUCUCUCUGCCUGCCCCGCCUUCCCCCCUCUCCUCCCCAAUCGCCCACCAGAGACCUGUGUCAUGUAAAAGGGCGCCUAGACAGCCCACUGUGACCCACCAGCCUCCCCUGGUGGGUGGUGAAAGGUAAGUCUAAUGAUGAUGAGGGUCUUCAAUGACCAUCAGUCAGUCCAAACCACUCUAGAAUAAUCACUCUACAAUAACCACUCUAGAAUAGCACUAGUUGGUCUUAGAAUAGAUAAGUGGUGACAGAGCAAAGAAAACUAAGGGAUUUCUCUGGUGUGGUUUGGGUAUGAUGUUGCAGUGAUAUUGUUUUGGAUGACCUGUGUAUUCAAUGUGCAUUUAUGUGGUCUGUGUUGUAUCAGUGAAAUACCCUGUGAACACUGACUGAUGUCCCUUCCCUCUUCUGCCUCCCAGAGGUGAGCAAUGGUGUGGGCAGUGCUGAGGACCUGUACAUGGAGAAUGGCUUCGACUACUACAACAAUGAAGGUAUCUCCCAUUGA